GGAGCAGACGUCCUUCAGUAACAUUUCUCCCCCUUCCUCCAUCCCUCCUCUGUUUCCGCACUUAUUGCCACAACUCUCCAAAUGGAUCUGACCCUGUUAACGCUUGUAUUUUGCCUUCAUGACUUCGUCGUCAAUGGCAACCCGAGCCCGUUAGUGGAUGUCGUUGUUGAUCGUUACGAGAUACCUACGGUUUGUCCCCGUGAAGUGCAAACAGAAGAUUUUAUCCGUUAUCAUUACAACGGGAGCUUUUCUGCAGAUGGGACCAAGUUUGACUCCAGUCAUGACCGAGGAAUCCCCGCGGUCAGCCAGGUGGGUCUUGGCAGACUCCUCUUGGGGAUAAACCGCGGUCUGCUGGGGAUGUGCGUCAGUGAGCAGCGCAGGAUCACGAUCCCCCCGCAUUUGGCCUACGGGAGCAUCGGAUCAGAUGGUGUGGUUCCUCCUGACGCCGUGUUGGUGUUCGAUAUUCUGCUGCUGGACAUUUGGAACCCCGAGGACAAAGUCCAGGUGCGCACGCUCAGCAAACCCGAGAGCUGCCGCCGCACCACCGUGGCGUCGGACUACAUCCGCUACCACUACAACGGCACCCUGCUGACCGGGGAGGCGUUCGACUCCAGUUACUCGAGGAAUACCACCUAUGACACCUACCUGGGGCAGGGUGACCUCAUCAAGGGCUUGGAGGAAGGUCUUCUGCGCAUGUGCCUUGGGGAGAGAAGGAUCAUCAUCAUCCCUCCCUUCCUGGCCUAUGGAGAGUCUGGUCAUGGAACUCAGAUUCCUCCUCAGGCCACGCUGGUGUAUGAGGUGCUGCUGGUUGAUGCGUUCAACCCUAAGGACGAUCUGAUAGUUCAGGUGAAGGAGGUUCCUGAAGGCUGCACCCGCAGGACGGUGACCGGAGAUUACAUCCGCUACCACUACAACGGUACCUUCCAGGACGGCACGGCCUUCGACUCCAGCUACAAGCGGAACAGCACCUACAACACUUACAUCGGCAAGAGAUACGUGAUCCAAGGGAUGGAUAAAGCCCUGGUUGGGCUGUGCAUAGGGGAGAAGAGGAGGAUCACUGUCCCGCCUCACUUGGCGUAUGGCGAAGCAGGAGUCGAGGACCUCAUUCCCAGCUCGGCUGUGCUGGUCUUUGACAUUCAAGUCAUUGAUUUCCACAACCCCAAAGACCCCGUCGGUAUCACGGCUACCCACAAGCCUCAGGACUGCAACGUGACCAGCGAAGUGGACGAUUUGAUCCAGUAUCGCUAUAAUUGUUCCUUGAUGGACGGAACCUUGCUGUACUCCUCGGACCACGACACACCUUCCUUCGCGACUCUCGGAGCAAACAAGGUGAUCCUCGGCCUGGAGGAAGGUUUGCUUGGCAUGUGUUUGGGCGAGAGGAGAGAGGUGGUCGUUCCACCGCACUGGGGCCAUGGCGAAAAUGGAGCUGGAGAAGUUCCCAAGAGCGCAGUGCUCUUCUUCGAGCUGGAGUUAGUGGAGCUGACGAAGGGCGUGCCUGAAGGCUACAUGUUCGUGUGGCUGGGAGACGUCCCAGAUCCCCUCUUUCCUGCUAUGGACCUCAAUGGUGACGGAGAGGUACCUCUAGAGGAGUUCUCGGCCUUCAUCAUGCUACAAGUUGAAGAGGGCAAAGGUCGUCUUCGGCCAGCGGUCGAUGCUGAUAGCAUCAUUAAGGACAUGUUCAAUAACCAGGACGAAAAUAAAGAUGGGAAGAUUGUAGAAGAUGAACUGAAAGUCAAGGUGGAUGGCGAGCCUCAACAAGUGAUAAGAGACGAGCUGUAGACGACAUUUAAUUGGGGGUGAGGAACUGGCGUGGUCAGGUUCAUAAGGUCAUCAUUGGUGUAGGGAAAUGGUGUCGUGUUCAUAGGGGCAGUCUCAUUUAUACCACUAUAUUGCACAUUUGGGCUCGGCCUUUCUUCCAAAAUAUUACUUUAUAAAAAAGUCAAUGCAAUGCUUUGUAUAAAAAUGAUGAAUAACCCUUUGGUUGUACAGUGUAUUGGAGUGGCUAAUUUAUACAAUGUCAUGUAAUGUGGACAAUUAUACAACAAAAUGUUGAAUAGAAAAAAUAUAACACUGCUUUAUUUCUUCCACAAUGUCAAUUCACAGAUAAGUACCAAUGGAUUAGUUUGGAGUACGAUUCAGUGGCCUAAAUACUAAUAAUUAAUCAUUCAUUAAAAAACAUUUUUGACUAGAA